GUUUACAAAUGGCGCGCUCCUGGGGUAUUUAAGAUAACUAAAAUUGAUGCAUGUCAUCACGCUAAAAUGGGAUCUGGUUCGAGUCGAUCAAGUCAGGUGCACUCUUUUCAAGUGGAACAAGGCAAUAAGGAGGACGAUGAUGUUCGGCCAAAAACUGGAAGGGAAACAAAACGAGUUUGCUCUCUCUCAGCUCAGCACCGUCCAUCUGUCCAGAUAAAGAGAAGCCAGUCUAUGAGCAGUACAGUCUCACCAAGAGUGGCACCAUCUAUACAUAAACAAAAAUCGGAGGAGGAGACUACAAGUGAUGUCAAAGUUAAUAUUGAUGAUAAAGAAAGACAGCUAUUUGAAGCUCAAGAAAAGAUGACAGUUUUACAAAAACAGCUCACAGAGACAGAGAGCCAGAACUUGGACCUCCAGGAGAGGGUGGAGGUUUUGGAGGAGCGCCUCGAGUACCUCAACUCAUGUCAUCAGAUUCAGGAAGAACCAGAGGGCUACCAGGAAACAAUCAAAGCCAAGAACCAGUUUAUAGAAAAACUGGAGAAAGAACAGAAACAACAAACACAGGAGUUUAAUAAGACUAAAAUUCGCUACAAGAAGAGAAUAAAAGCUUUGACCACACAACUGAAUGAAGCCAAACAGGAGACUUCCAUACAAUUGUUUGAACUUAAAGAUGAAAUCACCAGACUACAGGAGAAAAACAAAGAGUUGGAAGACUCACUUGAAAGAGCUGGACCACAAGGAAAGACUAACACACCUGAUGUGGGCAAAAUGCAAAUUGUGUUGGAACUGUCCAAUCAAAUCUCAGAACAGACAGACGAAAUCUCAAGACUAAAGAAAGAAGUGAAAGUGAAGGAAUCAAUAAUUGACCGUCUUGGUGGAACCAAAAAUUUGGAGGAAGAAUAUAGUAAGGACAAAGAGGACAUGAAAAAUCUGAAAAAGUUAUCACAAGGACUGAAUCAGUUACAUAGUGAGAGUGAAGGUCUCAGGGAUUCUGAGGAGGAUGAUAGAGGUGUGUCUGGUGCUAGCCGAGACUCAGGGCUGGGGUCUGCUGGUAAAAACAAGGACAGGCGGAAAGACAAGUCAGGUAUCCCUGUACUAUCAGAUUCAGACUGGGAGUCAGAUGACCUUCCAGAUGAACUUGGUCCCUGCAAAAUAAAAAGUGCUCCCCCAGAGACUCAGGCCUUGAGAGCUGCCUCAAGAUUGGCCGCCAUGGAGGGUAAUGACACAGGAUAUCCCACCCGACAGGCAUCAAGAGAAAGCAACGAUUCCAGGCUUCCAUCGCGCUUAGCCUCAAGGGAAAGCAUUGGUUCAAGACUGCCCUCUAGAUUAGCCUCCAGAGAGAGCCAGUUCAGUAGUAAGACUUUAAUGGAAAAUGAUGAGGAUCAAAUAUCUGUUGAUGAUAUGACGUCUUAUAAAGGGUCACAUAAAAUGAGGAAGAAAUCCUCGUUUACAUCUAAAAUCAGACGGGAACAUGAUACAUCCCUAAGAACACCCAUCCCGAGUGUAGCAUUUGAGGAGGAAAAAAAUAUUAAUGAUAUUCCAAUGUAUCCCAGUAGCUCCAGUAAGAGGUAUUCCAGAAAGAAGAAGAGCUCCUUCUUCUUGACUCAGACAGGAAAUUCUCCUGCAGGAAGUGACAUCAGUGAGCAGAUAUCUGUAGGUUGAGACCUUGAUGUUUACAGAUAUCUGUAGGUUGAGACCUUGAUGUUUACAGAUAUCUGUAGGAUGGGACCUUAGUGUUUAUGGAUAUCUUAAGGAUGAGACCUUGAAGUUUACAAAUGUCUGUUGGAUGAAACUUUGGUGUUAACAACUUUAACCUAAAAAGCUGAUGAAUAAAAGGGCCCUUGUUAAACUUUA